GUCACACACAAACAAAGAAAAACAAAACGAACAGAGCUCUUUUUAUCGUGUGGUCGAACUAUUUUUUUUAUUUUCAUUCUUUUUUAUUUGUAUAAAACCAAACAUAUUUUACACAAAUUAUUGUCAACUGAAUUAUGUAAUAUUGUUAAAAUAAGAGUUUAUGAGAAAAAAAAAUAUAUCGUGAAAGAGAAGAAAAAAAAUGUUACCAAAUUCCUCGCCAGUCCCAACGCCAUCGAUUCACAUAAAUCCAAGGUUUCGUAAUGUGCAUAUUAAUCCGAGCUUCCUCAGUAAAUCGAAUGCAAUCAAUGGCAAACCAAUGGAGUCACCAGUUACUGUCACCGCACCAACCCAAAUUUACAUAAAUCCCCGAUUUUUAGCAAAUCCAUCGAUGCAAGGUAUAACCCAAACAACGAUCUCUGCACCAAUUCAAAUCGAUGAAACAUUUUCACCAUACAAUAUAACGGCACAAGAGUUUCACGAAACAAAUACAUUAGUCGCUGAACCGUUGGCCGAUACAAAAAUUCACACACGAACCAAAAUUAUUAAACCAUCAUUGGUUCAUAAAAUUGUCGAUUUACCACCAAAAAACAUUGAAAAUUCAACGAUGCAUGGAAAAAUGAACGGCGAUACCAAAAAAUCACUGAUUAAAAUUGGCUCCAAUAAAUUAGUACGCGUUUCAGCUAAACCGUUUGACAAAAUGACAACGGAAAAAGCGGUGUCUACAGUGCGACGACCACUACAAACCAAGUACAAAAUUAUAAAAGAACAGACUGCAUUCAAAAUUGAUCGAAGAUCAGUUAAAGCAAAACGUGCUUCGAUUACACAAAAGGUCACACCGUUCAUUUCAAGUCUUAUGAAGAAGCAAUUGAUCAAUGAAUUACUAACGCCAACAAAAUUGAUAAAAGGCAAUACGAUAAAUCGUAGCUUAGUGAAAGCAACAACAAAUUUACCAUCUGUAACCGCCCACCGAAAAUUAUCAUCGUUCUUGGAAAUUAAUGGUAUUUUGUAUAAAUCAAAUCAACGAAAACUCGAAAAAACAACACUCUCCACCAAAUAUUCGCUUCAAAAACCCACGAAGACACAAUUAUCAUAUCGUCGCCUCAUUGUUCGUGGUGAAAACUUUUUACUGGAUGCAAAUGGAAAGAAUUUGGUGCGAGUUCAAAGCAAUGGAAAUAAUAUGGUUAAUGAUACAGUUGCAAACCGAAAGCGAAUCGACAUCGGAAAGAUAACAUUUGUGAAAAAAUCAAAUGAUACGUAUGAACGUACUGAUUUCCAUAAGAGUCGAUACCAUUUAAAUGUGGCCAAACAACGUAGUAUUCAAAUGUUGACAAAUCUGGUGAAAACAAACGUUCCGUGCCCAAUUUAUCGUAAGCUCGGCAAAUGCGCUGCAUUCGUUCGCGGAAAAUGCACAAAACUUCAUGACAAAAAACUGAUCGAUGUGUGUCCAAGAUUUAUCAGGGGAACUUGUGACAAAGAUCCAUGUCUGCUAUCCCAUAAUACAACAUUGUCAAAGAUGCCAACGUGUAAAUUCUACUUACUCGGAAUGUGUUCGAAGACUGAUUGCCCGUAUCUACAUAAGAAGGUCAACGAUAAAGCCGGAAUUUGUGUCGAUUUUGUGCGUGGUUUUUGUGAGAAAGCCCAAGAGUGUUCGAAGCGCCACGAGUUCCUGUGUGCCGAGUACCAAAGAAAAGGAAGCUGUAAAUUAACCCGAUGCCCAUAUCCACAUCCAAUUUUAAAGGAGUCAUAUCGAUCAUCGAAGCAAAAAUCAGCUGAACGUCUCAAAUUAAAGCGAAAAUUGAAAACAGUGGAGAAGAAACCAAACAUUCCACACGACAUCGAAAAAACCACGGUGCAACGAUAUUUCGUAAAAGAUUCGAAUGAUGAAAAUAAUCAAAAUAAUAGUGAAACGAGCUCCGGCUCAGUAAGUGCAAAUGCAAACAAAAAUGUUUCAACUGAAAAUGUUGAACAAAUUCAUUAUGUUAGAAAACCAAUAGUAGGAUCACUGCCAUCGUUUAUUCCAAUUGGGUAAGUUUUAAUUAAUUCAAGAAAAGAUCAAUUGAAAGAAAAAAGAAUGACAUUUUCGAAAAAGUCAAUUUCCAAUAGAGAGACACAAAA